CGCUUCUCCUUUGACCUAUUUUUAUUUUUAUUAUUAUUCUCCAAACAACGCAACGCAACGCAACUUCAACACCUUUGGCUUUGAGCACCCGAAAGCAAACCCAACCCAACCAGUUGGAGAGCUAUCGAUUAGAGUCACGCAGGAUGAGCUCGCAAGAGCGAAGCCAGCGGUCUAGGGUUCCUCGUCAAGAAUGGAUUCGUCGAGGAUCUACCGAUCAGAGUCAGACUCAGAUGCAGAAUCAGAAUCAAAAUGGUGCCGCCGCCUCCACCGCUGCCGGUUCCUCCAAUGCAACAUAUCGCCAUAGGAGGAGCGGUCCUAUUCCUAGUCACAAUCCCAAUCCUAAUCCUAAUCCCAAUCCCAGUCCUAAUCCCAAUCCCAAUCCGAAGAAUAAUGUGCAGAGGAGAUUCAAUUCGAGGGAUUCUAAUUUGCCCCAGCUGUUGCAAGAGAUUCAGGAGAAGCUCAUGAAAGGUGCGGUGGAAUGCAUGAUUUGCUGUGACAUGGUGCGGAGGUCUGCGCCAAUCUGGUCUUGCUCUAGUUGCUUCUCCAUCUUUCACCUUAAUUGUAUAAAGAAGUGGGCGCGUGCUCCCACUUCUGUGGAUGUGUCUGUGGACAAGAAUCAGCGGUUCAAUUGGCGGUGCCCUGGUUGUCAAUCUGUGCAGCUCACAUCAUCCAAGGAGAUUCGGUAUGUUUGCUUCUGUGGGAAGAGGCCUGACCCCCCUUCCGACUUGUAUCUCUUGCCACAUUCCUGUGGAGAACCAUGUGCCAAACCCCUUGAAAGGGAGCUUGGGGGGGAUAAGGAGGUUCUUUGUCCUCAUGUUUGUGUCUUGCAAUGCCAUCCCGGUCCUUGCCCUCCUUGCAAAGCAUUUGCACCCCCACGUUUGUGUCCUUGUGGGAAGAAAAAUGUUACCACCCGUUGUUCUGACCGCCAGUCCGUUCUUACCUGUGGCCAGCGCUGUGAAAAGCUUCUUGAAUGUGGGCGGCAUCGGUGUGAGCAAAUCUGUCAUCUGGGACCUUGUGAUCCUUGUAAGAUUCCUGUCAAUGCCUCUUGCUUUUGCAGUAAAAGGACGGAACUCAUUCUUUGUGGGGAAAUGGUUCUGAAAGGUGAAAUCAAAACCGAAGGUGGAGUUUUCUCUUGCGGUUCAAACUGUGGAAAGAAACUUGGUUGCGGUAAUCAUAUUUGUAUUGAGACGUGUCAUCCCGGCAGCUGUGGGGAGUGUGGAUUGUUACCAUCCCAUAUUAAGACAUGCUGUUGUGGGAAAACUAGAUUGAAGCAGGAACGACAGAGUUGUUUAGACCCUAUACCUACCUGUUCACAAGUAUGUGGGAAGACCCUUCCUUGCGGGAUUCAUCACUGUGAAGAGCCAUGCCACCCUGGGGAUUGUUCUCCUUGUUUGGUUCUAGUCUCCCAGAAGUGUCGAUGUGGCUCUACUUCCCGAACUGUGGAGUGCUGUAAGACAAAAGUGGACGCUGUGAAAUUUACUUGUGAAAAGCCUUGUGGGCAGAAAAGGAAUUGUGGAAGGCAUAGAUGCAGUGAACGUUGUUGUCCACUUUCUAAUCCAAAUAAUAUUCAAAUUGCGGAUUGGGAUCCACACUUCUGUUCAUUACCAUGUGGAAAGAAGCUAAGGUGUGGGCAGCAUGCAUGUGAAUCCCUAUGCCACAGUGGUCAUUGUCCACCUUGUCUUGAAACUAUAUUUACUGAUUUGACAUGUGCUUGUGGCAAGACUUCAAUCCCUCCUCCAUUGCCUUGCGGCACACCUCCUCCCUCGUGUCAGCUUCCAUGUUCUGUUCCUCAGCCUUGUUCACAUCCAGCUUCUCACAGCUGCCAUUUUGGGGAUUGCCCUCCUUGUUCGGUGCCUGUAGCAAAAGAAUGUAUUGGUGGGCAUGUAAUUCUUCGGAACAUUCCCUGUGGUUCAAAGGAUAUUAGAUGCAAUAAACUAUGUGGGAAGACCAGACAGUGCGGUUUACAUGCAUGUGGUAGAACAUGUCACCUCCCACCUUGUGAUAACCCAUCUACAGUGCCGGGUACCCGUGCCUCUUGCGGGCAAACAUGUGGUGCUCCAAGAAGAGACUGCCGCCAUACAUGUACAGCUCCUUGUCACCCUUCAACUUCAUGUCCAGACACGAGAUGCGAAUUCUCUGUCACAAUUACAUGUUCUUGUGGCCGAAUAACAGCGAAUGUUCCUUGUGAUGCUGGUGGAAGCUCUGCAAAUUAUAAUGCUGAUGCUGUACACGAAGCUUCCAUUAUCCAAAAGUUGCCUGUGUUGCUUCAACCUGUUGCUGCAAAUGGCAAGAAAGUUCCUCUUGGACAAAGAAAACUGAUGUGUAAUGAUGACUGUGCUAAGUUAGAACGUAAACGAGUACUUGCAGAUGCCUUUGAGAUAAACGCUCCAAAUCUGGAUUCCCUCCAUUUUGGUGACAAUCCUGUUGCUUCUGAAUUGCUUGUUGACAUGUUGAGACGUGAUCCUAAAUGGGUUUUAUCUGUUGAGGAGAGAUGCAAGGUUUUGGUUCUUGGCAAGAACAGGGGAAAUACACAAGGUCCAAAAAUCCAUAUUUUCUCUCCCAUGUUAAAGGACAAAAGAGAUGCAGUGAGGAUCAUUGCUGAAAGAUGGAAGCUUGCGGUGUAUGUAGCUGGUCGUGAGCCAAAGCGUUUUGUAGUUGUUCAUGUUACCCCCAAAUCAAGAGCUCCUGCUCGUGUGCUUGGGGUUAAGGGAACUACAACUGUAAAUGCACCCCUUCCUCCUGCAUUCGAUUCUUUAGUAGAUAUGGAUCCUCGGCUUGUUGUCUCUUUUCUAGACUUACCAAGGGAGGCAGAUAUCAGUGCACUGGUGCUGAGAUUUGGUGGUGAGUGUGAACUUGUUUGGUUAAAUGACAAAAAUGCACUGGCUGUUUUUAAUGAUCCAGCCCGAGCUGCAACUGCAAUGAGGAGGUUGGAUCAUGGUACUGUUUAUCAGGGAGCCGUGGUAGUGAUUGUUCCGAAUGUUGGGGCAUCAGCAGCAUCUUCAGCCACCAAUGCUUGGGGAGGAUCUGGGACAAUGAAAGGAGGAGGAUCACUGGCAGCAUUGAAGGGGGGUAAUCCGUGGAAAAAAGAAGUUCAAGAGCCAGGUUGGAAAGAUUCUUGGGGUGAGGAGGAGUGGGCUACUGGUUCUGCUAAUGUGCAUUUGCCUAUUCAGAAGAAAGAUUCUCUCAUAUCUACUUCAGUAAACCCUUGGAGUGUCUUAAAUCAAGAAUCUUCUUCAAGUUCAUCUGCUGCAGCUGUUAAAGUUGAUGUUUCCAGGGAACACUCAGAAAGUAGUGCUGUCACAAACUUGGAUCCUCAUGAUGGCGGUUCAAAUCUAGGACAGCAUGCAGGAAACUUGGAUACUUUAGAAGAUUCUGAGGUAGUAGAUGAUUGGGAGAAGGCUUGUGAGUAGUGAAGAGAAGACAAGGAGUAAACCAUUUUUUUUAGUCUCAAUAUUACAAUUUUUUUUUUUUGAGAAGGAGGCUGUUAUUGAAUCUCCUAGUCUCAUUUUUGUUUGGCAUGAGGUGGACAUCACCGUUCUUUUUGGGUUAAUAUUUUAAUUUUCAUAGUGGAAAAAAAUGGAGUGGUGAUGUAUCAAGCGAUUGAAAAAAGAAACUUUGGUUUGAUGCCCUGGACAGGAUGUAGUUCUUUUGCUGAUUGGAAACUAUUAAUUCCAUAGUAGCACAUUCUCGUCUUAUAUUUUUUUUAGUAGUUGUGUCCUGUAAAUACUGACGAAGGAGUUAUCUUUUAGCAAUUUUGUUGCUUAUUAAGGGUACGUUGAGACCCUUCCUCUCACCAGCACAGUCAUUAAGUUUUCAAAUUUCAAAUAUUGUUUGCCACACUAAUUUUAACUUUAUUAA